AUGGCAUACGUAUGGCAUGGCGCCCUACGUCAGGCCUUCGCUCUGCAAGGUGGACAUGCACAGGUACGUCGUGCCUUCCAUCGACGGCGCUCCUUGCAAGCGAUGCCACGUGAAUUGGACCGUCGAUGGGCACCGACGUACACACCGACACCGACGCCCCAAGACGCUGUCGCAGGUUCAACGUCCAGCGAUGUAGCGCAUAUCUUCGAUCAAUGGGAUGCGAGUGCAUUGGCCUGGCCGCCGUCCACCUCGUCGCAGCUGAUCGACGACGAUGAAGAGCCUAUGAUGCCAUGGACGUCGCCGGAACUGGUCCCUGAACGACCUCUGCCUGAGCUAGGGCAGCCAAGUCCUAUCUAUGAUGAUGUGCUGGAGCAGUGGGCCGAGCAGGAUGGAGAAUUUGACGACGAGAGCGUAUCUGCAAUGCCGGCACCAGCGCUCUUCCUGCCUACCUAUGCAUCUACCUCGACGUCCAUGGCGGCAACACUGGCCCCGUCUAUACCACAAGCGCAGAAUGUGCGCGAUACCUACGAUUGGCGUACGAUUGCCACAUCGCAACAAGGCCGUGCUCUGCCUGGUCAUGUCUAUACCCACUUCAUGGGUCCACGUUGGUCGGCCUCGCGAUGGAUUCAAGCACGCAAAUCGCCACCAGCCUCCUUAUUACGGCACACGGCGAACCAGACGGCACGAACGGUACGCCGACGGCGACGUGUGGAUCCAGGUACAGUAGAGCAAGCUGAGACGCAGCGAACAGUUGUGGCGGCGCGUCGGUAUCAGCAGCAUUGGCAGCGUGUGUUGUCCUAUGAACGUGCGCAUCAUGAGGACGAGCAGGCAGAGCAACGUUCACGGCCCCUGGAGGAACGGAUUGCGCUGGGUGUCACGAUCGAUGGGCUCAUGGCCUUUUGGCAGCGUGAGCGGCAUUUUGGGCGGCGCGUCGGUAUUUUUAAACUUCCAGGCUCGCGCCGACUGCCACGACAUAAGCUACUAGCUGGAAGUGUCGUGGAGAUCCGGCCGGAGCCCCUAGCAACCGAUAUGCCGCCACGUGUCGUCACGGCCGAAGUGCUGGAUGUGAGUGCGACACAGAUCCGUGUGCGAUUCAGCGAGGCGAAUGAGGACUUGGAUUUAGGAGCACACGAUGCAUGGCGUAUGGACCGUGGUGAGCGGCAGACGGUGCAUGAGCGUAUUGAGGCGGCUUUGAACGCAAUGCUCUACGACCCAGACGACGUAGCACGGGCCAGCACGCCGGAGCGACAGUAUGCACAUGUGGGGACGCCGCUGCGCGACGUCUUGCUGGGCCUGCCUGCGCGGACCUCCACAUCCAGCCUCUUGGCGGAGGAUCAGCGGAUUCACAGCUGGUACCAACGGUAUGCCCGGCCGUCGCCCCUGGUCAUGGACGGCGAUCCCGACUUGGGUCUGAAUGGGAGUCAGCUGCGUGCGGUAGCGAUGAUGCUGAAAGAGCGUGUCAGCUUGGUCCAAGGCCCGCCAGGCACAGGCAAGACGCGGACGUUGGUGCAGACGGUCUGUCUUCUGAAAUCGCACUUCCAAGUGCCGCACCCGAUCCUCCUUGCAGCGCAUACGAAUGUCGCUGUGGACAAUUUGGCCGAGGGGUGUGUGCGUGCCGGUCUGCGUGUGGUGCGUGCGGGCUCUGCGACGGCGUCACGUACGUCGUUGGCGCCCUAUACCCUGGAAGCGCACCUCGCGCAGCAUCCCAGUCAUGCGGCAUGGCAGGCGGCAGAGCAGCGUCUGCGUGAGCGGCAGGCUACGCGUGACCAGGUCCUUGCCUUGCUGCAGGCGGGCGGGCAGGGCGAUGCGACGGCGCUGCGGGAGCAGCUGGUGCGCGUCAAGAAGAGCAUUGCCCAGUUGACAGCCAAGUCGUUUAUGAUCCGCCAGCGUAUGCAUGCCGAUAUACUGCACUCGGCAGACGUGAUAUGCACGACAGCGAUUGCGGCAGGCUCGUCGCAGUUGGCCACGAUUGAUUUCCCGAUCGUGUUCCUGGACGAAGGCUCGAUGGCUACAGAGCCCAUUGCGCUUAUUCCGUUGAUGAAAGGAUGUGCGCAGCUUGGCUUGGUCGGCGAUCACAAGCAGCUGCCGCCUGUGCUGCACAGUACGGAGGCGCGGCAGGCAGGUUUGUCUGUGAGUCUGUUUGAGCGUUUGUUGGAAGGCCGCUCGGUAGGCACACAGCACCAGACGGUGCGUGUGCCCUCGACGAUGCUUGACGAGCAGUUCCGUAUGCAUCCAUCGCUCUCGCACUUCCCGAACCACCAUUUCUACGAGGGCGCGCUACGUAACGCUACGUCGACGGCCCUUCUGGAGCCGUAUCACAGUGUGUUUGGCGCGUACGACGAGAAUGGCCAGCCGAAACCUUUGACGUUGGUCACGCAUCCCCCCAUGGGUCUCGAAACGCAGAAUGGCGCAGCGCCGUACAACCAGCCACAAGCAGACUUGGUCUUGGAACUUGUAUGUGAUAUGUUGGAACGCAACGAGGCGCUGCAGGGGCAUGAGAUUGGCAUCGUCACGCCAUAUGAAGCGCAAGUCCGACUGCUGCAGCAAAUGCUCGCGGCAGCGAUACCCAUUGCCGCCGGAGCCGUCCCGGACGAGGCAAUGCGUCUAUGGCUCAGCGAUGAUGCGAUUGAUAUACUGCGUGCUUUGGAUCCCGCGCGGGCUGUGGACGUGGCGGCGAUUGAGGUGCAUACUGUCGACGGUUUUGAAGGCCGUGAGAAGCCUGUGAUGGUCUUUAGCACGGUCAAAGCGAGCGGUGGUGAAGCGAUCGGCUCGGCUGCGCUCUACGAGGCACGCACGAACCCUAGUGAGGCAGCCCUCGCGCGCCUCGCUGCGAUGCCGAUGCAGCGCGGUGGGUAUGUCGGCUUCCUCGCGGAUGCACGACGUAUGAAUGUCGCAUUGACACGUGCACAGCGCCAGCUGUUGGUCGUCGGCAAUCUCGAGACCUUGCUGGGCGCGCGUCUAAGUGAGCAGGCGCGGCAUAUGGUCGAACGCAGCGAUGUGCAUGUCAUUCGGCAGUAUGCACGCUGGCUGCUAUCGCAGCGAUGCGUCGUCGAUGUCGAGCAAGUUCGUGAUCGUCAGUUGGAAGAAGCCAUUCUCGACGAGGACGAGAGCGGCAACGACAGCGAGAGCAACAAUGCAUGGCAAAGGUAG